AUGUCACAGCACUCCGCGGCGGACCUCUUGCUUCAUGCCCUGCUUCUUCGCUCCCUCAACGGCCUCCCCUGGUGGCAUAUACUCAUAGUAUGGGUCGCCCGCCUCUUCACGCUCUCCAUUCUCUUCCGCACCUACAUCGGACCCACCGUCGUGAGCCUGGCAUCAAACCGCGUGCGGAUACGCAGCAUCAGUCUCCGCUCCAUCCGCGGGCUUUAUGUGAAGACGAGCAGAGGCACGCUCAGGGUCGAGCGGAUAGGCCUCUCCUACCACAGACCCUCCGCAGGCACCGCGAGCCGCUUCUCCGUCAAAGUCCAAGGUCUGUCUGUCGAACUCGACGAUACUCUCAAAGCGCGCAUGUCCCAACGGACCAAGCCCCGCAAACCCUCGCGGCCCACCCCCUCGCGCCUCGCGCGCCGCCUAUGGGGGGUAGUCCUCGCCCUCUACUCCUCCAUCUACACCCUGCUCGAACCGCGCCUUCGUCCGACGGUGCGGACGUUCUUCGUAGCUUCUCUUCGCGUCGCCAUUCGCGCACUCCCGGUGGUCACAAACGGGCUGGACUUUGAGCUCGACGCCGCUACCGUCACCCACUCCGGACUUCCGGGAAUCAGGUUCUCAGUGGGGUACGCUAAAGUGCACACCACCGUCUUGCUCGCCCACCUUCCCACCGUGGUCUCCGUAGCCCAUACGAAUGGCUCUAGCGGCCACAGGAGGUUCGCUAGCGUCGCGGAUUGGAAUGCGCGGAUGAAGAGCAGCUUCAUGCGGACAUGGGACCGUGCGUGGGGCGCGACGCAGAUCACAGUGUCGGUGAACCUGCAAGUCAAUGCUAUAACAGGUUAUGUUGACCAAAGCAGUCAGCUCUUUGCUGGGACACACCGAGGCAACUACUUCGUAGACAUCCCCGCAAUCCAGUUCUUCAUUUCCAGUCGCCUCAAUCCGCAUCAAGGUGUAGAACCGCGCAGCGUGGAGAUGUCCUUUGAUUUGGGAAAAGUGAACGUUCAACUGGACGUACUCUCAAGGCUCUUCAAGAAGUUGAAGGAGCGCCGUCGGGCAUACGAUGAGAUUUUGCAAGCCCUGCGCGUAUCACGGUCAUCCCAGGGGUCCUCAAACGGGCAUAUGGCCAAAACGAACGGGAUCAUGUCUCCAGAUGCUACUUCUGCCGGAUCUCGAAUGUCAAGUGCGUGGAGAUCCCCACUCUCACCUUCUUCCCCUUUCAUGGGCGCGCUUUCGGCUUCUAUGCGUUGGAGGUGGGCUGCAAGACAGUCCCGUGAUAUUAAGAAACCGCGGCUAACUCCACGUGUACCAAAGCUCAUCGUUGGUCUGCAGAAACGCCCACAGUAUAUCUCAUACAUAAGGAACAUCGACGUCAAGCUAUCACGGGCCACCGCCGGCUUCCAACCAGACAUGCACCCUGGAGCGAGUACCAUCGUUCUAUACGCCACUGUAAGAGACGUCGUCCUCCACGUGGGCCUCAGCCAUCCCCGAAGCAACGGCUUGCACAAAAGAUGGCUCGGCUCCGGCACAGGCGCAAGCUCAUCCGAAGCGUAUUCCGUGAAUCUCACCGCUACGCGCUUCACAAUCGACAGGAAUGGAAUCGGCGAGCUCAUGGACCACCUCCGGGUAGUAACAUUGAAAACGUUCAGCUGGGAUUCCCUCCUCGUUCAGUGGCCCGCUCCUUGGAUGGGCUCCCCUACUUUCAUGUCCGGCGAUCCGAACGCCCAACUUUUGGUGUCCGAAGUUGCCCUGGGUAGUGUUGAGUUGUCCGAACGACUUGACAUGCUUGACAAGCUGGCGCCGAAGGAAAAGUCUGUCGAGAAGACCGUACAUGGAGGAAGCCUCCUUCCAACAAUGCUCAGCCCUGUUCCUCGCGUUUCCCUCGGACUCCACAUCGGCGACGUAACCCUUCGACUGAUUUCACCUGCCAGCGAGGAUGGCCAAGAGCCGUUUGUCUUGGAAGCGAAGACCGACGACAUUGCUGGAUCCGCAGAGUCGCAUUUUAAAUCACGACCAGACAAGCUCUUUGGCACCACCGAGCGCGAUUACGUUGGUCUGGAGAUGGAAUUCAACUACACGCUGUCGAUGAAUCAGUCGUACGCCAAGGUUUGGUUCGGGCCCGACGUACACCUACGAGGCGCUCAUCCCCAAGAGUUCCAUGCCGCAACAUAUCCCAAUGAUACUGUGCUUCGGGUUGAUUCUGUUCAUCUCGGCGGCAUGGGCCAAGGCCAGGGGGAGUACAUCGACGAGGCCGAAGACGUCUCAUCCAUGGACUGUUCCACGGAAGACAUCGCCGUAGAACUCUGGCAGCCCGACGUCGUCAGAGCGCUGUCCUGCAUAGCAAGGAAAAUAGGAGGGAAACCAAAGCCGAGGUCCCCGAAACCAUCACGUCUUUCCGGAGCCUUCGCCGUCGGUCGUUUCACUGUCUUUGAUUCACUGAGCAUAUCUCGUGGACUUUCCGUCCCUUUGCGGGACGGCCAUUGUAGUCGAAUGGGGGCGGUCCUCGCCCGAGGACAUCAACGCACGAAGCUGGCGCUCCCUGCAGAACACAUCAUCGAGGCGUCUUCCGCCGAACCAGUCCGAGCCCUCGUUCAGCUCUCUCUGUGGAACAUCGUUUUUCGAGAUGCGUUUGCAACCCCCUUCGCCGCGGACGAUCCAUAUGGCCAGGACGAGAGUAGCUUUCUGCAUGUCGACAACCUCGAAGUCAACGCCAGCAUCUCCGGUCAACGGCCGAACGGGAUCCCCCUUCCGAAUUCCAUGGACGACUUACACCUGGACGUCGGCAUUCCGAAGAUAUACAACGCUCUUUUGGCGGCCCACACACUGCAACGGCUCGUUCCUCCCCGUCCCCCGUCCACCCCUCGUACUACACGACCCCCUUCUACGCUGUGUGUACAUCUUCAGCUCCUGUGGACUUUCCCUGUGUCAAGCAAAGCCUUCAUACGAAUCGCCUCCCUCACUUGCGAGUGGGACCACAUCCUCGUUGUGAAAGAGGAGUUCGAGGAGUUCGUUCGUCUGCCUCGUUGGCGCGUGGAACUCGAGCCGGAUAUCAACCCGCUCGUGAUUAGGGUCAAAGGAGACAGUGGCCGCGUUCGCAUCCCGUUCGACUUCGUGAGUGUCAAGAACCUACUCCGCAUGCCACCCGCGGAGGAAGCGAAGCGACUUGGAAGACUCAUCGUCGAAGCUGCAGACAGCCCUCUAGAGUCCCGACUGGGUCUAAUCUGGAAGACCGGUUACGACGCAGCGCGCGCCUUUCAAGCCAAGGUUGCCACCAUUGUUCUUCCGAAGCCCACGACGUCGUCGUCGCGUCAGCCAGAGUCGGACUACCAGUUCACCUCGAAACACACGGUGUCCAUCAUGGAUGCUCGGAAUCCAUGGAAAGCGGCCGUCCAGCAGGCGCAAGCACGGCAGGUCAAGCAUGAAGAGGCUCACACAGAGUCUCCACUGGACUACGCUGAUCUUGCCGCCGUCAACGACAUCCCUCUGUUGCUCUCUGUCACACCACCUUCGUUUUCCUACGACGCCAUUCCCGACUUCCUCUACGACGCUGGGAGCGGUUUGCCUCGCGACACCAUCUUCUCCCUCCUCAUCCCCAUGCACAUAAACUUCACCGUAUCAUCCCUCCGCCUGACGUUCCGAGAAUACCCCCUGCCACUGCUGCAUAUACCCCCUUCUGUGAAGGGCUCUCAACCAGCAUUGGACUUCGAUAGCGACCUCGUCAUCGCGGAGGAAAUGGGCGACAAGGCCUCCGUCCAAUGGGUCAAAUGCGAGAUCAUCAAGGCGCACAGCGGGAUCCACGGGGCCGCGCCGCUGGCCGUAAAGAUUCCAAAGACAAUCAUGCCCGUCAAGACAUAUGCAAGGCCGAUCAUUCGUGUCAUGACAGACCGCGUAACAGAUUUCUCGUGGGGCGUCAGCUAUCAGGCAGCGACGCAGGACAUGAUGAGAGUGCUCGAUACUCUGUCGCAUGCCCCUCGUGACAGUUCGCCGGCAGUUGGUUUCUGGGACAAGCUGAGGCUUAUCUUGCAUUGGCGCGUCAGGGUGCUGUUCAGAGAUCAGGUUCAUUUACACAUGAAAGGCUCUCGCAAUCCGUACGAUAUCAGAGGCCAUGGCAGCGGCUUUGCGUUGUGCUGGAGGGGCAACCCCCAGCUACUUGUCAAUGAACCCAAUGAAGCAGGAGAACUGGUCCAGGUCAUGAGUGACACCAUCUUGCUCAUUGUUCCAAACAUUGAGGAUACGUACGGUGGUCCCGUGCAGCCGACUCAAAUCAAGGGAGCAACACCUCGAAAAGCUCAGAUCGUAUGUGCGAAGUUCAGAUCUGGAGCGUGUUUCGGUGUAGGGUUCAAACUCGAGCGCGCUUGUGGACCCGAGUGCCUCACCUGCACGGGCAAGCCUUUCGAUCGCAAAUGUCGCCUGUGGGAUUUCAAGCCGCACUACGAGGUCAAGCUGUCGCAGAAGGAUAGUACGCCAGAACUCAAGUCUCCAGAGGAUUCGUACAACGGCUUCCGUUCGGACUUCAUCCACAUGUCAAUCUCGUUGAAGUCUGGGCUCCGCAAGACUGCUCGCAUUAGUCCCAGUAACCUGCAUCUCUCCCCUGAGGUAUUCGCGCAUUUCUGGUCAUGGUGGCACCUUUUCAACAGUGCGCUGUCACUGCCUAUCCGUCAAGGAGACCUCUAUCCACGCAAACGCCCCAUCUCUCCCAAGUUUGGACAGCAUCUGGCCACGCUUAAGUACUUGAUCCAAGUACCUCAGCUGUUCAUCUCCCACGUCUAUAUCGACAACUCACAAGAUGCAUGGUCUGACGGCGUCACUCCAUACGUCGGGGUCAAGGCGCUCAUUGAUCACUUCCAAGUCGACAUGCAUCAGAGAGACACCGAGUCUUGCGAAAGGACCAAGGAAGGCAUGAGGACCAUUCAUAACAAGCCAUUCUAUGCAGUUGAAGCGGUACUGAAGGGCCUCGAUCUUCGUGCCAUGUUGGCCGUGUUCUCGGACCCGCUCAAACAGGCCACACCUGCAGACAACUCUCCGCUCAUGGGUAGUAACUACCGGACCAGGAACGACCUUCCACACACGGAUCUCAAGUCGAGGUGGAUCGACAUGGACGACUUCGCCGUCGACGAGGGAGAGAUCCCCACGGAUCCAGACGUGCAUCUCCUCCCUGCGGUGUCUUGUCCUAGGUUCACGUACUUCAAACGACCAGACAAUUCUAAUGGCCAGAGCAUGGAUGGACUCGCAAGGCGCACCAAGUUUGGUUCGGAGCCCACUCAUAGUUGCUGUCUUGGGACCGAACCAUCUGCUCUGAAGGUCCAGAUAGAACUCGCGAAAGCACGUAUGGAUUACUUAAAACACAAGGAUGGCACGGCGUCACCUCCCUCCGAAGAGCUUCCCCCGGCUACUACUCAACCCCAGGUCAACGGUCAUAAGAGAUCAAAUACGAAUGACAAUGCUCGGAUGGCUGAUCUUCUCAACACUUACAUCGCCAGUCUUGAACGAGUGGACAAGGCUCAGCAAGCAUCGGGCGGCGAUCGCAAUUCCAGCUACUUCAUGCCCGCCGACAUGGUGGCAUCUGAAGAGUGGGAAAGCUUCGAUAACGUCUACCAAAUGCACAACCCUCACGUCAUCAUGGACAACGCGAUUCGAGACAUCUUAAUGCAGUACUACUAUUGCUCUCGUUCGCGAAGAGGGUUCGAAUACCACAUGGCCCAGCGUGCCGUGAAGUUCAUUCGUGAUCAAGCACAGGCUGCGGUUGCUGAAAUUCACCAUCACCAUCCCCACCCUGAGCAUGAGAAGCACAAAGGGGCGGCACAGGCGGUCGGCGGUGUUAUGAAAAAGUUCUUUGCUAUCGAGGACACGUCCGCCCCUUCUAUCGACCUUACACAACAGAGCAUUCCGAAACCUUCGGCGACCGUGGACCCUUUAGGAGGAUGGGCUGAAGGCGUUUCUGCCAACGCAGGGCACUUCUGUCUGCUACUCAAACCUCAGAUUGUGCUCCGGAGCACAGAAGACGAGGACGCCGUCUGUAUCCUCGCAGCCGUACAGGGCAAGUUGAAGAGUUUCUCGAUCAUGGACAAGACGAACAUCAACGAUCCUGUUACGGGGAAGGUCAUGAGCAGGAAUUUCGCAUGGCUGACCGGUCUCCAAACGUUCUCUCCAUCGACUACGAACACGUCGGGCAAAGAUUCUGUGCCUCUCGAGGUCUUGAUUGAUCUGCGAGCAGACAACAGCGAUUUCGACCGCCUAGUGCCUCAGACGGAUGCCGCUUUCCAAUACGACAAGUUCAACCGCUUGCGUCUCCGCAACGAUAUCACAUCGGCCGCCAGCUCGGUUAAACAAGUCCAUGCGCAUCUUCAGACCCAGACGGAUCUAGUCCGUGUCCAUGUGCCUCGCUUCACCGUCUCCGCCAACGACCGUCAUUUCCAAGCGCUGUCCAACAUCAUCACGAACCUGGUACUGUUCACCGACGCCGCCCACAAAACGCGCGUGGAAAAGCUUGAGAACCUCUUGUUCAGCUACGACUUCACGAACUUCUCUUCUGCCGCUGACGUCGUCGCGGGCAUGCAGGAUCGGCUACGACACGCGCUCGAGACAAAACGAGACGCAGAGCAGAAGUUGCGCGGAUUCGGAAACCCCGGGCGCGUAGAGCUGCUCAAGAUCGAUGCGCACAUCCUCCUGCUCGUCGAAGAGCUCAACCUGAUUUUCGAUGCCAUCAAACUCGCGCAAGACAAGGCGAACACAGAGUCGGACCAGAAGAGCUCACUGCUACUCCACGCGAGUUCGGAGGAGGUCUCGUGGCGGAUGCUCGACCAGGCGAACCAGCUCCUCGCGAAGCUCGCGGUACGGAUGACGGACUUUUACUGGCUCAGCAGGAACGACAGCUCGACGUCAAACCACCUCCUCGUGGGUGACCUGCAGGCGUUCGAUGGGGCAGCGGACGCGGAGUGGACCGAGAUCCUGUCCAAGUAUAGCGAGUCUUCUGCCAAGCAACAGUCCUUCCUCCGUGCGCACUGGAUCGUCCUCCCCCCUGUGGGCGGCAUCACCAUCUACGAACAAUUCGAGCUCACCUUCCACCCGAUGCGCCUCCAGAUUGACAUCCGUGUAGGCCGCAAGAUCAUGGACUACCUCUGGCCCGCCCGCAGACAGCGGAACAACGGCUCCACCGAGACCGAGACCGAGGCCUUCGUCAUCCCAGAGUCUUUCGUCAACGGCUCCAGCACCACCAACGGCCACUUCCACCGACCCUCCGGGCGGCAACACACCACCGACACCCUCCCGAUGCUCACGUACACGACGGACACCCCCCGGCACGCGUUCUUCGACAUACCCUCGCCCACGCGCAAGUCGCUCGACGCCGGGCGGCUCACGCCGCAGCCGCUCCGGAAGCUCGGCACGUCCCGCUCGUUCUCGGACCUGCGCAACCCCCCACCGUCGCUGGCGCAGCGGCAGGACUCGCUGCAGGUGCCGCGGCGGAUCCAGCGGACGAACUCGAGCAGCUCGCUGCGGGCCAAGCGGCGGCGGGGCAAGAGCGGCAGCGACGGAAAGAGGGCGGCGGCGAAGAACGAGACGGACGACGCGCGGGAGAUGAAGAGCCGGGCGAGCCAGAAGACGUUCGUGCGCGUCAAGUUCGAGGAACUUGUGGACCAGUUCAUCCCCUCUGGCCGGAACUGGCGCGGGUGGGUCAAGGUCGCGUUCCAGCAGCCGCUCGUGCCGGUGCUCCCCGUCGCGCGGGAGCUGAUCACGAAGACGAAGUGGAUCGCGUCCAAGAAGGACGCGCACCACGGGGACCGCCCUAGCCGCCCCAGCACGCCGAAGCUGCUCAAGGCGCGGCCGAGCGAACCCACGCGCAAGGAUAAGGAGCCGGUGAAGGAGCGCGCGCGAUCGCGCCCCCGCGCGCACGACGAGCCGCGGCGGUCGCUAGAGGGCGUGGGGCUAGCCAUGGGUCGGCCGGUCGAGGACGAGGGUGCGUCGGAACCGGAGCAGGACGGGAUGGCGACGAUUGGGCCGAAGAGCGCAGGGAUGCGGAAGCGGGCGCUGAGCCUGUUCCGGCGAAAGAACCACAGCACGGUGACCACGGCGAGCAAGGAUAGCGGAAGCAGUGGGCGGAGCGGGGGCAGCGGAAGCUUCGAGACGGACACCACGCCCACGGGAAGCGCGGACGUACACCGUCGAGGGGCAGCAGGCGACAUCCGUGUCCCCGACGAACACGAGCGGGGCAUUGAAGGCAGCCAGGUUAACCUCGCGCUCGAGGAGAUGGAGGACGCCUAUUCUGCGCACGACCGCAUGGACACGCACCACCACGAUGACAUUGUGGAGCAUCUAGACGUUAUAGACCCCCAGAUAUCUACGGUUUCGACGCUGACAAACGCUGCGAAUGCUAUCGUAGUGUGCGUAUCAGAUUUUCUACCUGUGGUUGUGCUGCCCACCAUCUCGAGAAAGGAGAAGCCCCAGGAUACCGAACGGGGACAUGUCUCGUCGAUAGAUGAGCACUCCGACGAGGACGCUCUUGACAGGCAUGUAGAAGACGUGCUCAGAAAGCGCGACAAGUUCAGGCGGAUCAUGAAGGGUGUAUGGGCAUUUGUAAAGACGCUAUUCUGGGGCACCGGCAUUGUCCUCUUCCUCGCAAAGAUGAUCAACCUACACAACGAUAUCCAGCAGGGAUAUUGGGUCGAGUUAUGCCAGCAAGUGGAAACGGGUCUUUUCACUGCGACCAGCAUCGGGUUCAUUCCAUUCCGCGUGAUGGACUCAUAUCGUGCCUACAAGAUCUGGCACUACAAGCGUAUUGUUGCCAAGAGGCGUGCAAAGGCCGGCCUUCCCGAGCUGUUCGAUCCAGACGACCUGCCAGAUCCCGUCUAUGAUCCAAACUAUGUGCAGGUACUCACGGAGAAGGAGCAGAUUGAUCUGCAUUACCAACAGCACCAGUUCAUGUUGUCGCAAACGUGGUAUCGGCCUCACGGAACACAGACACACCGGGUCGCGGGGAUCGCCGCCGGCGUGCUAAUCUACUACGGCGGCAAGAACACGCGCCGGACCGAAGUCGUCGAAGACCGCCUCCGCGCCGCGCUCGAGAUGGAGCACGCGCACGGGCGCGAGCGCGACGAGGAAAAGAACGGGCUCGUGAACGGGAGCAGCAGCGCCGACGGCGACGGCCCGCCGCCGACCCCAGCACGCCGCGGAUCUACCAGUCUGGCGAGCCCAGCGCGCGGCAUUGACGAGGUUGAUGAGCGCCGCCUCGGUCUCGGUCCAGCCACGAGUCUUCAGACCGCAGUCGGGGUUGACGACAAGCAGGUCACCGGGGAGGAUGGCGAGCAUGGACGCGAGACGCUCCUUGAUCUCGUCCUCGGACGGGACACGAGGCGAGUGGAUGUCGUAAACACCAGGGCCGAUCUGGUUCGAGUAACCGUAGUGCUUGAAGGUGUUGAGGAGUUUCAUGUCGCUCUUCGACGCCUCGAUGGAGAUGACAUCGGCGUCGAGCGCCUGGAUGGACGGGAAGAUGUCGUCGAAGUCGGAGUAGCAGAAGUGCGAGUGAGUCUGGAGAGCGUUGGUGACACCAGCAGUGGCGAUCUUGAACGACGGGAGAGCCCAGUCGAGGUACGCCUGCCAGUCAGCCUUACGGAGAGGGAGCUGUGGGCAAUAUCGAUGAGUGGCAGCAUAGACAUCAAGCAGACGCAGACUUACACCCUCACGAAGAGCAGGCUCAUCAACCUGAACGGCCUUGAUGCCAGCCUUCUCCAGGUCGACGACCUCGUCGCGGAGGGCGAGGGCGAGCUGCUUGCACUGGAGCUCACGGGAGACAUCCGCACGAGGGAAGGACCAGUUGAGGAUAGUCACAGGACCGGUAAGCAUACCCUUCAUCGGGCGGCUCGUGAGGCUCUGAGCGUAGCUGCUCCAGCGCACAGUCAUAGGCUUGGGGCGGCUGACGUCGGAGACGACAAUGGGGGGACGAACGUAGCUGGAUGA